GGCGGCCCAAGGUGGGCGUGGCCAGUGAUGGCGUCUCCGAGCGUGCGAACUAUGGCGGCUGCGAUAGAUCCGAGUUGGGAGGACGAGGAGGACGACGAGGAGGAGGAGGAAGAGGAGAUAGAGGAGGCUGAGCAAUUUGUUCUGGUAGAGUUGUCAGGAAUUAUUGAUUCCGACUUUCUCUCCAAAUGUGAAAAUAAAUGCAAGAUUUUGGGAAUUGAUACUGAGAGGCCCAUCCUGCAAGUAGACAGCUACGUGUUUGCUGGGGAGUACGAAGAUACUCUUGGGACCUGUGUUAUAUUUGAAGAAGGUGUUGAACGUGUGGAGCCGGAAGGGACCGACAAGACAGUGCUCAAGUACAAAUGCCACACGAUGAAGAAGCUCAGCAUGACAAGGACGCUGCUGACAGAAAAGAAGGAAGGAGAAGAAAACAUAGAUGGUGUAGAGUGGUUACAGAUGAAGGAUAACGAUUUCUCCUAUAGACCCAACAUGAUCUGCAGCUUUCUACAUGAAAAUGAAGAUGAGGCUGUAGUGCCAGCCCCUGACAAACCUGUGGGGUUGGAAGACGAAGAGAUUCAGAUGGAAAGCAGCGCAGAGCAGACCCACGAGCAGGAGACAGGACAGCACUUGGAAGCAGAGGACCCUGGCUCUCCUGGAGACACCCCUGCCGAGAUGGAAAGCUCUGUCUUCAUGGGAAUUCAAGAUGGAAAUGUUUCUCAGUCAUGAACUUUUUAAAAAGAGGUCUUGUAUACAAUAAUUGCCGUGCAGCUUGCAAAUGGCUUACCAUUUUAGUGUUACUGUUGACAGUAUAUAUAUUUCCAGUUACAAUACAAUUUAAUAUACUAGAAUCAUGCAGGACCAGACAGGAAUUUGGUUUAUAAAAUAUAACCUAUGGGGCUAGAGAGAUGGCUCCAUAGUUAAGGGCACUGGCUGCUACUCGUCCCGAGGACUUGGCUUUGAUUCCCACAAGGCAACUUACAACCAUCUGUGGCUUCAGUUCCAAGAGAUCUGAUGCCUGCCCUGGCUUCGGUCAGCAUCAGGUUCUCUCUUACCUGUCUGUGGGUUCUGGAAAUCAAAGCCAGGUCAUCAGGCUAGCGCAGCAGAUGCUUUUCCUGUGGACCAUGUCACAGCCAUCUGUCUACAUAUAGCCCCUUUAAGAAUAUU